UUGAAAAAUAAAGUAACACAGUUCAUUAUCCUUUAAGCUAUGAACCCAGGACAUCAGUUCUGCAAUUAUGUCUUUUACUAUUUUGGCAGAAACUUCUCUGUUUUAUCAUUUUGAUAAAUAUAGAAGAGACAUAAAUUUCUACCUACCAUCAUUAGUUCAUUUUAACUAGAUGCCAUUCUUAUCUAUACACUGAAUUUGCAUCUUGUUCUCUCUCUCUCUGCCACCUCUACACACAUCUCAUGAUUAGUAUUCCAAUUUUACUGUAACUAUAGUUGUCAUAAUUAUGUUCUAAAUUUAGCUGGUGCUUAAUCGUCAGGACAAUGACACCCUUUUUUUUUUUGCUGUUAGUAGUUACAACGUUUAUUUUCUGCAAGAUACAAUUAGUAUGCGUAUUGGUUGGUUAUUCUGCCAGUUUUUGGAACCAAAGGUUGUUAAUCAAUUUAGCUUAAACACAUUGGAUACCUGUCUAUAAAAACAAGAAAAAUCCUGGAGAAUGUUCUCUAAGCAGUUUCUGUCUCAAUAACAAAGAAGAAACGUUUUCAGAGUGAAAAAAACUCUGAAAAUGGAUCCUUCUUUUAGAUUGUGUUUUGUGGUUAUAGCAUUUGGUUUUGUGUUAAUCAUAAAUGGAAAGCUUAGCUUUGCAACAACAUCUCACGAGGCCGGUCCUCCUCAGUCACCAAUGGUGGCUGACUCUCCACAGCCUGCUCCUCUGGAGACGUCUCAUGCAAGCCCUGAUAUGCCCGAACCUGAUUUUAGCGGCCCCGAGGAACCUGAACCUGAUUUUGGCGGGGGUGACUCUGGUGGUCCCCCGGACACUCCAGGGCCUCCCCCUCCGCCGCCGCCUUUCGUCCCCGAGUUUCCGGUUUAUAUAUUUUACUUGGGGGAAAGGAAACACGAUGAUCCUAGGUUGGUGACUCAGUCACAUCUUGAAAUCCUGAAAUCGGUUCUUGGAAGCGAAGAAGCAGCCAAUAAGUCAAUGGUCUACAGUUAUCACCAUGGAUUUUCUGGCUUUGCAGCCAAGCUCAAACCGGCCGACGCUGAGAAAUUAAAAAAUCAUCCUGACGUUAUGAUUCUUCUGGAAAACCGAAAACUUGUGAUGCAAACAACACGGACAUGGGAUUACCUAGGCCUUUUUUCAACUCCAGCUUCUUCUAAAGGUCUUCUAAAUGAGACCAACAUGGGCAGUGGAGCUAUUAUCGGCGUUAUUGACUCUGGGAUAUGGUCAGAAUCAGGCGCCUUUGAUGACAACGGAUAUGGACCGAUACCAAAACAUUGGAAAGGAGAAUGCGUAUCUGCGGACCAGUUCAGUGCUGCAGAUUGCAACAGAAAGCUUAUUGGAGCUAAGUACUACAUUGAUGGUCUUAAUGCAGAUCUCAGAACAAGUAUGAACACGAGUUCAGAACAUAUAUCUCCUAGAGAUCACAAUGGCCACGGGACUCAAGUAUCCUCAACAGUAGCUGGCUCUUUCGUUUCUAAUGUGACUCUGCCAGGCCUCUCAUACGCGUCAACCAUGAGAGGUGCCGCUCCUAAGGCGCAUAUAGCGAUGUAUAAAGCGUGUUGGGAUGUGGAAGGAGGAAAGUGUUCAGUUGCUGAUGUAUGGAAAGCUUUUGAUGAAGCCAUUCACGACGGUGUUGAUGUUUUGUCGGUUUCUAUCGGCGGCUCAGUAGAGAUUAAAUCUCUUGACGUUGAAGUCGAUAUCGCAAUCCCAGCAUUACACGCCGUGAAUAAAGGCAUUCCUGUUGUUUCACCAGCUGGUAACGGAGGAUCUCGCAGUGCAUCGGUUAUUAACGUUUCUCCAUGGAUAUUAACAGUGGCUGCGACUACUCUUGACCGGUCUUUCUCCGCAUCGGUUACACUCGAGAACAAUAAAACGUUGCUGGGUGAGAGUCGGUACGCAGGACCAGAAAUUGGCUUCACUGAUGUGAUAUUUUCUAGAGAUCAUGGUGUUGAUCAAAUCAAGGGUAAAGUCGUGAUGUACUUUGAAGCUAAGACGAACGGAAAUCCUAUGCCUAUGCCUAUGCCAGACAUUGUUCAGGAAAAUGGUGCUAUCGGUGUAAUUUAUGUGAACAAUCCGAUAGAACGUUUUGAAUGCCCCGAGAACUUUCCCUGUAUCCACUUGGAUUACGACAUUGGAGCCCAGAUAUAUUACUACAUGGAAACUACCAGGAGGCCACCAAAGAUUAAGAUAGGCCCGUAUAAGACAAUAAUUGGUGAAAGUGUAGCAAGUAAAGUCGGAGCAUCAUCGGCGAGAGGGCCUAGUUCAUUUUCACCCGCCAUUCUUAAGCCGGAUAUAGCAGCUCCUGGUGUGACCUUAGCAACACCUAAAAUACCGACAGACGAAGACACCAGAGAAUUCGCUUACGCAGGAACAUCAAUGGCAACUCCGGUGAUUGCAGGAAUCGUAGCACUCCUCAAGCUUUCGCAUCCUGAUUGGUCUCCUGCUAUUAUCAAAUCAGCUCUUGUCACAACAGCCAUGAAAACCGACCCACACGGCGUGCCUCUAACUGCAGAUGGAUCGACCCAUAAGCUAGCCGAUGCAUUCGAUUAUGGAGGUGGUCUUGUGAAUCUGGAGAAAGCCACGGAUCCUGGACUUGUUUACGACAUGGACAUCAAUGAUUACAUACAUUACUUAUGUUCCGAAGCUUCUUACACAGACAAGAGAGUUUCUGCACUAACCGGAAACGUCAUUAACAAGUGUCCGAGCUCAGGUUCAUCGAUUCUUGACCUCAACGUACCGUCUAUUACCAUCCCGAGCCUCAAGGGUAACAACAUCACAGUGACGCGAACCGUAACCAACGUUGGAAACGUUGACUCGGUUUACAAGCCCGUGAUCGAGGCUCCGCUUGGAUUCGACAUCAAGGUUUCACCAGACAAGUUAGUGUUUAACAAAGGAACCAACAAGGUUGCGUUUACGGUGAGUGUGUCUUCGGGCUCACACAGAGCGAACUCUGCGUUUUACUUUGGAAGUUUGACUUGGAGUGAUGGACUUCACAAUGUCACAAUCCCAGUUUCUGUGAGGACACGUUUCCUCGAUAAUUAUUUCCUGUAAAUUGUUAUAACCGGAUUAUUAAUAAGAAUGUUUCACGGAAUCCAUUUGUGUGGGGAAAAAAUACAAAAAAUUAUACAAUCAGAGGAGCUUCUGGUUUAUUUGUCGUUUCAAAU